AUGGCAUGUUCGAAAAUUUUUUCAGGAGAUUUACCUGAGUUAAUAAACGAAGUUAUACAAUAUUUUCGUUAUGAUUAUAAAACAUUACAUUCAUGUAUAUUAGUUUGUAGAUUAUGGUGUCGUUUAACAAUUCCAUUAUUAUGGGAAGACCCAUUUUCAAUGAAAUUACCUAAAAAUUAUCAUUUUAUUGAAAUUUAUUUACAUAAUUUAAAUGAUUAUGAUAAAUUAAAAUUAAAUGAAUAUGGAAUUAGUAAUGAAUUAUUUCCUUCAAAUACAUUAUUUGAUUAUCCUCGUUUUAUUCAACAUUUAAAUACAUUUAAAAUUAGUAGUUCUGUUGAAAGUUGGGUUGUAACUGUUCAUACUUCAACAAAUUUAUCAGAUUCACAAAUAUCAAACUUUACAAAAUUUAUUUAUAAAUCAUUAUUUCUAAUAUUCAUUGAAAACGAAGUAAAUUUACAUAGUUUUAAAAUUAUGAUGCUUAAUGAUAUAGAAUUUGAAUAUUUUGAUGAGAUUUUUGAAUUAUUCUUACAAAAUCCGAAUUUAAUUUGUAAUAUCAAAAAUUUUAAAAUUGAUUUUGAUAGAGUAACUGAUAAUUUAACAACAUUUUUAAGGACUAUCUACUCUAAUUGUAAUUCAAUUUCGUCUAUUGAUUUUCAAUUUAUAUCAUAUUAUGAUUAUUAUUAUCCAAUGAUUGAAAAAAAUUUAUCACAAAUAAUUGAAUCUCAAGUAAACCUUAAAAGUAUCACAUUUGGUUAUAAUUGUCCCUUCUUAUACCAUUUAUCAUUAUCAUUAAAAAGUUAUAAUUGUUCAAACACGUUAAAUACAAUUAUAUUUUGUUCUAUUAAUUUUAAAAAUAUAGAUGUUUUAAGUGAAGUAUUUAAUCAAUUGAAUGUUUUAGAAUCAAUUCAUAUUGUUUAUUGUUAUUCUCUGGAUUCUAAAUUUAUUCAACAAAUUAAUAAUAUUACCAAACCUUUUAAAUUGAAAUCUUUAUUUCUACAUUCUAUAUUACAAAUUGAACCAUUAAAAUUGUUGAUACAAAAAUCCAACAAUUAUUUAGAAAAUUUUGGAAUCACAAGUAAUAAACCACAACAAUUACUACAAUUGAUUAUAACACAUUGUAGUAAAAUUAAAUAUCUGGGUCCCAUUACUAAAUUGAAUUAUCAAACUGUAUAUUCAUUAUUUAAUUUAAUUGAAAAUAUGGCACAAAAUCUUAAUUACCUUAUGAUUGAUGAUUUUACUUAUAUGAACUGUCAUAUUGGUCCAAUUAUAUUACAAAAUUUGGGACAAAUACUUCCUUUUAAAUUAGAAUAUUUGAAUUUAUAUCUUAAAAUAAAUAAAGAUGAUUUUGAAGUAUUCUUAAAAAAUUCUCAAAAUACUUUUAUUAAAAAAUUGUUAAUUAGAAAUAAAAAUAAAGAAGGAAAUAAAGAUAUUUUCCCUUGCAUAGAGAAAUAUAUUAUGAAAAAGAAAAGAGUUAAGUAUUUGGCUAUUGAUUCUUUUAAUGUAAAAUAUGAAGAUGUGUUAUUCCUGGAAGGAAAAGUUGAAGAAUUUAAACUACAUGAUAUACAAGUAUUAAAUUAUAAUGACUUGAAUAUUCAAAUUUAUGAUUUUAUAAGUUAA